AUGGCGUCACGACUCCGAGCCGCCGGAGUGAACCUCAAGAGCCAAUGGUCUGCGAUGGUCGGUGGCGGAGGUGGAGGGGGAGGUCGACCUGGUGAUGGUGCGUCGUGGCGACGGCAGGCGAUACUAAUUGACGGCAACGACGCCGCGUCGGCCGCGCUGGUGGCUCCUACUUCCCGGCCCGCGAAUGCCGCGACGAUCGACAGCAGCACUACGACGAGACGGUAUCAUGCGGAGGACUUGGGAGAAGGCGCGGAGCAGAACGGCGAUGGACAACGCGGCGCGUGGAGAUCGUUGGACGUCUCGUCGCUGCCGCUCGAUACUGCGUCGCACGAUACGUCGCACGAAUCAUCGCACGACUCCGAGUCAUCGCGCGAUGCGUCGUUUGACGACGUGUGGGACGCGGAGGCGGACCCCAUGGUGCGCGCGCGGAUAGUCCCCGGGGACGAGCUGGACGCGGCGCUUGCGCGCAUGGACACGCGGCGUCCCGUGAUGGUGACUUUAGCGAACGACGCGUUCCACGCGAUGCUGCUCAACUGGUGGUUCCACGUGUCGGACACCGCGAGCAUCCCGAACGUGCUCGCCGGCGCGCUCGACCGAAGCACCGCCGAGCUAUGCAGGCAGCGCGGCAUCCCCCACGUGCGCCUGCGCACAGGCCUGCCAUCGGACGACUUCCGCGCGGACGCGGGCACGUUUCAGCGCAUGGGCGUGUGCAAGACGGCGCUGCUCGCAGCCCUUCUGGAGCGCGCGCGCGACGUGGUGCUGUCGGACACGGACGUGGUGUGGCUGCGCGACCCAUAUAACGAGCUCUACCUGGGAAGCAUGCGCCAUGCGGACGUUAUGGUGUCGUCUGAUUCCCUCUCCCAUGCCAAUGACGAGGCCAGGAGGUGGGGCACCGCGGUGGUGCUGUCGGACGCGGACGUGGUGUGGCUGCGCGACCUCUACAUCGACCUCUACCUGGGGAACAUGCGCCACGCUGAUGUCAUGGUCUCGUACGACUUGCUCUCCCAUGCUAAUGAUGAGGCCAGACCCACUGACCAACACGGGCGAGGAGGGCGCGUGGUACCGGGGGGCGACAGCGCGGGGCAGGGAGGUGUUUGGGAACGCGUACGAGCACGCGUUCAACACGGGCGUGCUGCUGCUGCGAGCGCGCCCGCAUACGCUGCACUUCGCCCUCGCCUGGCACCACGCCAUGAGCCGGUGUCACAGCAGCAGCAACAGCAGCGUGUGGGUGUGCGCGUGGCGCUGCCGCCCCCCCUGGCGGUGCACAACACGUUUCAGUUCCACCAUGCGCUGGGCAAGGCUGCUCGCUUCCGAGAAGCCGGGCUGUGGGCCGUGGACCCCCCUGAGUACUACGAGGAGGGCAACUACCUGAGCAUGGAGUACAGCACACCGCCAUGGAUCAUUGCCAUGGAGCCCGGCAUGCUCAGACACCAGGCCGCCAUGGAACACUUCUAUCACGCGGCACAGAAGGCCUUCGCCCUGGCAUGGCUCCUCUCGCGCAAGCUCAUUCUCCCGCGCGUCACGUGCUUCUGCGACCGCUGGUGGGACUCGCUCUCGCACCCGUGCCGCGCGCCUGGCAGCGACCGCGACCCGCCCUUCCUGUGCCCCGUGGACUACCUCAUCUCGCCGCUCUACUGGGGCAGCAACGCCACCGACAUGGUCUACCGCCCCGCUUCGUUCUUGGAGGAUCCAAGGACUAGUGAUGAAAUCAAGGCGUCGAGACGGUACGUGUCCAUAGACUAUCCCGAUGCCUCAUCCCUGCAAUACCACCAACAACAAUCCCAUCGCCAGCUGCAGCAGCAACAGCAACAGCAGCACCACCAAGAGCAGCAGCAGCAGCAGCCACCGGACCCACUAUCAGUAUACGGGGAGCUGCGGCUACCGAUGAACGCAACAGACAAGGAGGUGCUGGCAGUGCUGGGUCAGCCGCACGUGCAUGAAGUGCGCGUGCUGCACCUGCUACAACCCCACGACACCUUCUGCAGGUUCGUUGGCCGAAGUGACGCAGAGGCUUUUGAUGCGUACACAUGGCAGUUCUUCUCUCAGGAUUGGUGCUGCACUCCCAACCACGAGACACGCACCUUCUCCAUUCCCCCCAUAGUCAAUGUCUCUUUCUCUUCUUGCAACCGGCCCUCUCUGGACCAAACACCUGUUGCUGUGUAG